AUGGGUCAGGAUGAAAGUAAAGUAGGUACUACCGAAAUAGAUGAUGACAUCAUUGUACGGCUUGCAGCAAAUACAAAAUAUACACCAGAACAAAUUCGAAGUUGGCAUUCCGCUUUUCUACGAGAUUGUCCAAAUGGAAAACUUUCAUCACGACAAUUUAUAGAAGUUUAUAAAAAAUUUUAUCCAGAAGCUGAGGCUGAAAAAUAUAGCUAUCAAGUAUUUCGUACAUUUGAUGCGGAUCAUAGCGGUUAUAUUGAUUUUGGUGAAUUUUUAAUUGCCGUUAAUGUCAAUGCUAAUGGAGACGUACGCGAUAAAUUAAAUCUUGCUUUCGAUAUUUAUGAUAUUAAUAAAAAUGGACAAAUCGACAAGAAAGAAAUGACUAAAGUAAUUACAGCAAUCUAUGAUCUCUUAGGUGAAGAACAUCGCAAAGGAGAAAAUUCACCAGAAAAUCGUGUGAAAAUAAUCAUGGCAGUAUUAGAUUUAAAUGAUGAUAAACAUAUUUCUCGAGACGAAUUUGUUGAAGGUUGCCUCAAAGAUGAGGUUCUUCGACAACUAUUAGCACCUAACGUUUAA